CUUCUUCAGACAGGAAGGCCAAUCUAUUCACCUACGUUUGCUUUUAGUACCUUCAGAAGAUUCUUGCCUGAUGACAAGAUUGAAGGUGUUAAAGGCCUCUCUCUUACUGCCGAUGGCACAGGUGCAGUUUUCGAUGUGCCUGCUGAUGAUGUGGAUGCAUUCCUGGAAGGCCAAGAAAAUGCUCACUCGGUGAACAUCGAGGUCCUGGAAAAAUUGCCUCCCCUGCAAGACCGAGACCAAUCGAGAGGUGGCAACUCAGGUCGAGGAAGGUUCGGUGGCGGCGGCGGUGGCAGGUUCUCUGGCGGUAGAGGCGGCGGCAGCGGUUCAUAUCGAAGAACUGGUGGUUUCUCUAAUGGAGGCGGCCGGGGAAGAGGAUAUGGUGGUGGAGCUAACAGAUUUAAUAACAGGAGGAAGUGAAGCUGCAAUUUUUGAGUGUCCAAUUAAUUUUUGUAUUUCUAAUCGAGGGAUUAAACUUAUAUUAUUUAAACCAAUAUCCAUUCAUGCAAUGACUUACGCUUUUUCGUUUGAAUGAAAAUGAAACAGUAGCUAUUGCUGUGGCAGUCGAUCUCCAGAUUUGCAAGUAUUAACAUUGGUUCGAUUUCCGCCGUGGACAACGUUCGAUCGAUAAAGCAAGCAAAGAGGGAGAUGGGGCGACAGAUGAACCACGGGCCGGCCCGGUUGGUUUUGUCGAUUCCGUCCUCGACCGGCCGGCUUAAAGAUGUGACCUCAAAUAAACCUAAAAUAAAGCAAAAUUAGACCAGAAUUUCUUAGAUCAUCGAUUUUAAUCUAAUAAUUCCCUCAAAACAAAAUUCCAAUUUCGAGCGAUUAGGGGUUCAGCCAAAACGGACCGCGUCGAAUGGCAGCUCGCGCGCACCGACUCCUCCUCCCCUCUGCCUUCCACCGAAGCGUGAUCCCCGACCCAUCUCUCCACCUUUUACCCCCGUUGCUGAGCACCGCAAUCUGCAGCGGCGGCCGUCGACGCCGCGUUCGCGCCCAAUUAAUCGUGGGAAGAAUGGCGUCUGGUGGCUCCCGAGCCCCUUCCUCGCCCACGCGCAUCACCCUUCCGGGCGGCGACUCCGUCGAGGUCGUAGCCGCCCCCGGCGUCUCCGAUUCUGACCUCAGAAAUGCCAUCAGUUCUUCCCUUUUUAAGCAGUGGUUGAAGAAUAUGCAGAGUGACACUGGCCUUCUAGCGGGAGGGCAUAUGUCUUUAAGACAAGUGUACAUUCAGGGAGUGGAUAUGUUUGGUAGAGGUGUUGGGUUCUUAAAGUUCAAAGCAGAUGUUUUUGAUAAAGAAACACAAGCAAAGAUUCCAGGAAUUGUGUUUGCAAGGGGACCAGCUGUUGCUGUGUUGAUUCUUUUAGAGUCGAGAGGAAAAACUUAUGUUGUUCUUACAGAACAGCCUAGGGUUCCUGUUGGAAAACUCAUUUUGGAACUCCCAGCUGGCAUGAUAGAUGAUGAAGGCGGUGAUGUUGUUGGCACAGCAGUUCGUGAGGUUGAAGAGGAGAUAGGGAUACACUUGAACAAGGAGGAUAUGGUGAAUCUUACAGCAUUUCUUGAUCCUGUAACCGGAUGCAAAGUUUUUCCAUCACCGGGUGGGUGCGACGAGGAACUGAGCCUGUUUCUUUAUAGAGGCCAUGUAGAGGAGGAGAUCAUAAGUGCCCUGCAGGGAAAGGAGAUGGGCCUCCGUGAUCAUGGUGAGCUGAUUAAGGUACAUGUUGUUCCUUACGAUACACUUUGGCGUGUGACUGCUGAUGCAAAAGCUCUAGCUGCAAUUGCCCUAUAUGAAAUGGCGAAGAGGAAUGGCUUUUUGCCUUGAACUGCUCGACUCGAGUAUGCUGUGCAAGUCCAUAUACAAAUUCCCUGAAGCUGCCUUUUGUCAACAUUUCACAUUGGAGAUUUGCUCUCUUUCAUUUAGCCAAUAAAUCUUUGUAUUUGGUGUCACGAAUUGUAUGCAAUUUUUCCUUUGAUAAGCAGAUCUGAAUUUGCUGAUUUAAGCAGUGAAGGUAAUUAGAUGACUUGUCUAUAGGACAUUUUGAGCUACCGGACAGAUUAACCACAUUGUUCAAUUCUAGAUUUGAUGGAGUGACAUAUGUGAGAAAGUAAACAUGUUAUUUUCUUUUGGAAAGACUAAUUUUUUUCGUCUGA